CUUUACUUGGGAAGAUUGCCUAGCCCGUACAUGUGCUCGUGGUACGAAAACGAUUGCGUCCACGGGAGCGCGCUUCACGCAGCCUGGAUGGUUGAUGCCAACUGGGUAGUAGCAGUUCAGAAUGGAACAGAGUGCCAUGGCAGGACUCUUUGAUGCCAUCUGAGGAUCUCCCAGGGUAGAUGUGUGGUCGUCACUAAGAUAGCUACGUCACCGGUAUCGAUUGCUCCAUGUUUAUAAUACUACACAGACAGGUUUACAAAGGGAAUACCCGCAUCAUAUUCAAGAGAAAUUGCAAAACAACCCAUCAGCUCUGCCAUUGCCACCGGUGUGGCGUUCUAUCAAAGCCACCAGGCACAACGCAUAGAAGAAAGCAGCCAAGUGGAUGGGGGUGGAUUCACAUGACCAUAGGAGCGGAGCGAUCUGUGUCGGCGGCCACAGGUAUCAGAGUUGAGUGAGGGUUCUCUGAUGACUCCGCACCAUCAUCUGCAAGAACUAUAAAUGUAAAGAGUCAGAAGUAGGAACCAGUCUUCCUUUGAGUGUUUGCUACUACAUGUACUAAAGCAACUUCUGGCUGAAAUGGGCGAACAUGGAUCUAAGAAUGCAGUUGCCCUUCCCAUCAACAACAUCAAUCAGACAUGCUGUACGAGAGGAAGGAAGGGACCACUGUAGACCUUUGCCGCCUUCCCUCAAACAUGUUCGUUUUACCACCAAUCUGUUCACAAGCAACCAGUGGGAGGACUGGCAAAGAAUCCCCAUGUCUUCUAUCUGAUGGAUUCGUGGAAUGACAACAUAUACUAGCUAGACGUCCGAGGAAGGCAAGUGCGUUUGCUAUUAUUUGUCGACAUGGGGACCCGCUGACCACCAUCAGCACCUCGAACCUCCUGCCAAGCGUCCAAGCCAGCAAGCAACAGACUCUCUGUCGGCUUCGGUGGAACGAGAAAGAGCUGGGUGGCAAUGAAAUUCUGUUGUACAAGAGCUGUAUUCUACAUUCUGAAUGAUCAAUCACUGCUCAGUACAAGUAAGUACUUGGCGGUGGGACUGAUGGGGUGCGUGACAGGAGCUUGGGUGGGUCAAAGAAGCCGGAUGCUGGAGGCAGUUCCACCUUCUUUUCCUCUUUUGGCUUUGAGAGCUCUUUGGUUGACCCUUCGCUUGGUGGUUCUUGGCAAUGUCUGCUUGGACUAACUACUGAGAGACUGAGAGUGCUCUAGCUAGCCAGCAGGACCCAGCACCCAGCGGCACAUCAUGAUGAAUGAACAGUGUAAAGCAGCGCUGCCAAUUAACCCUUGUUGAAGUUUGGUGUCUUAACAAUAAGUACCUAAGUGCCUGGGUAGUACUAAAUGACUUAACCAUGAUUCUUCGGCUUCACCUUUUGCCAAUAACCUCAUAAGAGUUGGAAAGCGAAGAACAAGGGAGACAUAGCCCUUAAAACACCAGAGGAGUUCUUUCAAUUCAGCCGAAUUUCUCAGUUCUUUGCGAACUGCGAUCCAGCUUUUCAGCUUUGCGGCUCUGGUUCCCUCCAAGCUCACAAAACUAUUCCGACAACUCUCAUACUUUCAAAUUUUUCUAUCCACACCACAACCAUCAACAUGGCUUUCUCCGCACAACAAACGUUCUUAUCUACCCUACUGCAGAACAAUUCUGCGUCCUCCAUGGAUAUCGUUGCUGACAAUGCCGCUGGGGCAUCCUUCUCUUGCGUGAAGAAAAGCAAGCGCCCUUCUCGCUCUCGUUGGCAAGCAGAAGAAGGGUCCCAGCCCAGAAGAAGUGAUACCCUCCACCAGCCCAGAAGAUCGGAAAGCAAUGAAAAUGAUAUCCUCCGACGAUGGGAAGAAGCUUCCGGGGUUCAUGGACCAGAAAAGUCCCAACUGCCACCCGAAAUCCCACAAAGAGGGAUUCCGAACUAUCCUACUUGGGCCAUUGCCGCAUGAUUCUGCACCUCUUAACUUCCAUCUAAUCGAGCCCUUCAGACUCAGAUUCUUCCAUCAGAAGACACUAGCUAAGUGCCAUGGAGGCUGGACGGACUCUCUUGCUGAUUAUUCAUCAGACACCACACUGCCAAUACCAUUUUUGCCAUGACAUCUGAGACUUUGGAUCAUCCGGGACGGGGUUCUUCUGCGGCUACUAAAGCAAACUAAGAGCAUUUCUUAGACUAUCUGAUACAGUAUUACGGUAGCUCCACGUUAUCCUUCUAGUUAGAGCACGCUUAGAUGUUAGAUUGGUUGCAUGUUGGCUCCUGCCAAUUGGCCAGUGACCACCGCCUCGGUGCGUGUACCGGUACGAGUUGUAGGCAACCAUGUUAAUCGUAGUCUGAUAAUCUCUACUCUGAGUAACAACUAGAGCUAUUGCAUUAAUGGUGGCAGACUAUGGCAGUUUGGUCUCCAUCCAGUCUUCUCGUCUGUGGCUUUUCACUGUUUGGAUGCAAUGCAGAAUUUUCGCUUCGUGUUUGCCACUCGUGGGUGCUCACUCAGUUUGCCUCUUUGCUUGCCACAAAGAAGCACACGGACACGAACACAGGGCUCUUUAAUUCGUUUUUGGAAUGACGUCUCUUGGGAAAGGAGUUGCAACAAUAAAUCAGCGUUCGAAUUGGAGGCGCUAAAAGUGCGAUUGGAUGGCUGUGGAUGUUCCAUAAAGGUUGUUCCCUUCUUAUCACCUAAUCUGCCCCAACGUAAGCCGGUGAGAAGGAUCGAGGUCCACGAGAUCGAGCCGAGCAAUCGUUUUUGACACUUUUUGUC